AGAACAUAACACAAACCCCAAAAGUGUCUUUAGUAAGAACUCAGAAACCAAACUCAAAGGAGUUUAGCUUCAACCCAUUUUUAGCAUUAUGGAUUCGGUGCAAUCCUUCGAAGGAUGUGGAAAAGUAGACGAAGCUCAAGAUCUAGCAUUAAAGAAAAAGACAAGAACACGUCUAAUCCUACUAUCAGCCUCCGGCUUAAUCCUCUUCGCCUUAAUAAUCGCCGCCGUAGUCGCCGCCGUGGUUCACACCAAGAACAAGAACUCCUCCGAGCCAGCACUGAGUCAACCUCCCGAGUUAACACCAUCCACCUCACUUAAAACAAUCUGCAGCGUGACUCGUUACCCUGAGUCUUGCUUCAACAGCAUCUCAAAGCUUCCGGCUUCCAACACGACGGAUCCAGCGAUCCUCUUCAAGCUCUCGUUAAAAGUCAUCAUCGACGAGCUCGACGGGAUAUCCGACUUGCCGGAGAAGCUGUCGAAGGAGACGGAGGACGUGAGGAUCAAAUCCUCGUUGAGGGUAUGCGGGGAGAUGAUCGAGGACGCGUUGGACCGGCUAAACGACACCGUUUCGGUCAUGGACGACGACGGGAGCAAUAAGAAGAUUCUAAACUCGUCGAUGGUCGACGAUCUCAAGACUUGGCUGAGCGCGACGGUGACGGACCACGAGACGUGUUUCGACUCGCUAGACGAGCUGGCUCAGAACAAGACGGAGUACGCGAACUCGAACAUCACUCAGAAUCUUAAGUCCGCCAUGAGUCGGUCCACCGAGUUCACUAGCAACAGCCUCGCCAUCUUGGCCAAGAUCCUCGCCGCGUUGAGUGACUUCGGGGUUCCGAUACACCGGAGGAGACGGCUUUUGGUGAGUGAGGGUGCGCCGGGGUGGGCGCGGCGGAGGCUGUUGCAGACGGCGGGUUUGAAGCCUGAUGUGACGGUGGCUGCUGAUGGAACGGGGGAUGUGAAGACGGUGAAUGAAGCGGUGGCGAGAGUGCCGAAGAAGAGUUUGAAGGUGUUUGUGAUAUACGUGAAGGCUGGAACGUACGUUGAGAAUGUGGUGAUGGAUAAGGGUAAGUGGAAUGUGAUGAUCUACGGAGACGGGAAGACCAAGACUAUUAUCUCCGGCAGUAAGAACUUCGUGGACGGGACUCCGACUUACGAAACGGCGACGUUUGCUAUACAAGGCAAAGGAUUCAUAAUGAAAGACAUCGGAAUCAUAAACACCGCCGGAGCAGCGAAACAUCAAGCGGUGGCGUUCCGAUCAGGCUCCGACUUCUCCGUCUACUACCAAUGCUCCUUCGACGGAUUCCAAGACACUCUUUACCCUCACUCCAACCGCCAGUUCUACCGCGACUGCGACAUCACCGGAACAAUCGACUUCAUCUUCGGAAGCGCCGCCGUCGUCUUCCAAGGCUGCAAGAUCAUGCCGCGCGAGCCUCUUCCGAGACAGUUCAACACCAUAACGGCUCAGGGCAAGAAAGAUCCGAACCAAAACUCCGGUAUGUCGAUCCAGCGAUGCAGUAUCUCCGGCAACGGCAAGGUGACUGCUCCGACGUAUUUAGGCCGGCCGUGGAAGGCGUUUUCCACGACGGUGAUCAUGGAGACGGAGAUUGGACCGGUGGUUCGGGCUUCAGGGUGGAUGUCGUGGGUUUCGGGAGUUGACCCGCCGGCGAGUAUAGUGUACGGAGAGUAUAGGAAUACUGGGCCUGGGGCGGAUGUGAGCAAUAGAGUUAAAUGGGCCGGGUAUAAACCGGUUAUGUCUGAUGCCGAGGCUGGGAGGUUUACGGUUGGUACCUUGUUACAUGGUGGUGGUUGGAUACAAUCGGCUGGAGUGGCGCACCAGCUAUCUUAAUGUAUUUAUACAUAAUAAUAACACAGUACUGGAGUUUCUAACUUUUUCCUUUUUUCUUGAACAUUCGAUUUCUAUCUA